AUGCGAACCUCAUCGGCGCUGCUCCGAUCGCAGCAGCGGCAGCAGCUCACCACUCGAGGUAUCUCAUCCCUCUCACGGAAAACCAUCCGACCAUCGACUCGCAUUGCACCAUCUGUCGCACCUCUUCACAAUCAUCGGCUCUAUUCUUCCCAGCGCGAAGAAUCAGCAAAGGAUAAGCUCGCUAUUGGACCCUUCAACCUGAAAGCGGGUCUCCUUUUCCUCGUGACGGGCGCUGGUCUGCUCUACUACUUCCGCUCCGAGAAGCAAAAGGUAGAGCAGAGACGUAAAGCCGAGACCGCAUCUGCCAAAGUGGGUCGUCCACGCAUCGGCGGUCCUUUCAACCUGAUCACUUCCACAUCGCAUCCUUUCACUCAUGAGGACUUGCUCGGCAGCUUCUCUCUCGUCUACUUUGGCUUCACAAACUGUCCAGACAUCUGCCCGGAGGAACUCGACAAGAUGGGUGAAGUGGUCGACAGGAUCGACGCAAAGUACGGCAAGAAGGUCAUCAACCCUGUUUUCAUCUCUUGCGAUCCAGCUCGCGAUACCGUUCCUCAGCUAGAGAGGUACAUCGAAGACUUUCACCCUAGAAUGGUCGGGUUGACGGGCACGUUCGAAGCGGUCAAGCAGGCCUGCAAGGCGUACAGGGUGUACUUUAGCACCCCGCCCGGCGCCGAUCCCAUGGGCGACUAUCUGGUGGAUCACAGCAUCUUUUUCUACCUCAUGGAUCCAGAGGGCAAGUUCGUGGAUGCUUUCGGUAGGAGUGUCAAUGCUCAGGAGACCGGUGACAAGGUGGACGCCUAUGUCAAACAGUGGAUCGACGCUGGGUUGGACAUCAAGGAGGCUGACGCUAGGCAGAGGGUGCAGAACGACGGCCGUGAAAAGGUAGCGCUAUGA